UCUCUCACACACACACUCUCGGGAGCAGCGCUUGACGCACCACGCAAAGUUGGAUUAUACUAUUGCGCGCUGGUCUUUGACGGGGCUUUUUUCCCUCCCUCACACUGCCUACACCCUUGGCACUGACUUGCCAUUGAUAUAUUAUCUGGAUCAAUAUCAUUCCUCCUCGGUGACCUCUGCUGAGCUUUUUGGGAGAACCGAGCGCGGUCUCCUUUCUGGACGCGUGUUAUGAAUUCAUAACUAAGACAGCCUCACCUGGAGUGCGUGUGUUUGUAUGCAGUAAAGUGUGUCUGAGAGUUUGUUUCUCUGGAUCAGAUCAAGCAGUGAGGUGUUUUAUUGGCUUGGUUCAGCACACGCUCAUACACUUACAGACACAACACACACCGGGGGGAUUUUGGGCACCGCAUGCCGGGGACAUGUGGAAGUUUGCGCCGCUGUAGCGCAGCCAGAGAGCCGGUCCACCGCCUCGUCAACCUCUCGUCUCCCUUUCAAGUGGGGGCAAAUUCCUAAUUCACAGCUUUCAUACAUAGAAACCCCUCUAAGAAGACCCAAAUGUGAAUUUUAGAGCGAUACAUUUGAGAAUCCCAGGUCUGAGGGGAGGACAACGAAAAGGAGGACUGCAUCCCGUUGCGUGCAGAGUUUGGUGAGCUGUUUCGGGGAUUUCAGGGCUUUUAUUUUUGAACGCCCUUGUAUUUUCUCGGUAUUUUGUGGGUCUCAUAUUGGCCCCCACUUGCCGCAAUGAUGGUGGGAACUCUGAGCCCCGCUGGCCCCGGCCGCUCCCCGGUGACUGCGCUGGGGCUGCUGGCCGUCCUGCUCUCGGUCCUGUCCGGCGGAGCGGACGGACAGCCCUGCCCGGCGCAGUGCUCCUGCACCGGGACUACCGUGGACUGUCACGGCCAAGGUCUCCGCAGCGUGCCCAGGAAUAUCCCCCGCAACACCGAGAGACUGGAUCUGAAUGCAAACAACCUCACUAAAAUCACCAAGGUGGAUUUUGCAGGACUGAGGCAUCUGCGAGUGUUGCAGCUAAUGGAGAACAAAAUCACCACAAUAGAGAGAGGAGCGUUCCAGGACCUGAAGGAGCUGGAGAGACUGCGCCUGAAUCGGAAUAACCUGGCCGUGUUCCCCGAGCUGCUUUUCCUGGGAACGACAAAACUUUACAGACU